UGCACCAGCAACGCUGCAUUUGGACUCAGCGUUGAGCUCAUCAGCAGCCUUGACUUCAGUCCCUUGCAUGGAUGCAGAGACGGAGAGCUGUUGCAGGACCUCAACAGGCUGCUGUGCGUGAACGUGGAGCUGAAGAGCGUGUGCAUUUGUGGCGGUGGCGGAGGACACCGGUCACUAUAGAUACGGGCUUCCGCCGGCUGGAUAUGCUACAGGUGGAAAGGUGGGGAGAAGCAGGCUGUGGUCCGGUGACGGGAGAAGAGCGGAUCAUCCUCAGGUUGUAAAGAUGUGGAGCUGGGCUUUCACUGUGGCUGUCCUGCUGCUCUCCACGAAGAAGGCUGAGGCUCAGGGCAGGUGUAAUAAUGUACGUGCAGCAGAUAUUGUUUUCCUGGUUGAUGGAUCAUCCAGUAUCGGCAGAGCCAACUUCCUGCAGGUGAAGGGCUUCAUGGCUGGCAUCAUCAAGCCCUUUGCCAGCUCUGUGAGCCAGUCUGGGAUACGGUUCGGGGCUGUGCAGUACAGCGAUACCUCCAGGGUUGAGUUUACCUUCACCACCUAUGUGAACGGCACAGAGCUGGUCAGCGCUGUGGAGAAUCUGAACUACAAGGGCGGGAACACUCGCACUGGCUCUGGUCUGAAGUUUGUUGCUGACAACUUCUUUAACCCCUCAUCCAGUCGGGAUGUCCCGAAGAUCGCCAUACUCAUCACAGACGGGAGGUCACAGGACAGUGUACCGGAGCCGGCACAGAAGCUGCGCAGUCAGGGCGUGCAAGUUUUUGCAGUUGGUAUCAAGAGUGCAGACAGGAAUGAAUUGGCCCAGAUCGCCUCUCAACCCAGCAGUGAUUUCAUCUCCUUCGUUGGCGACUUCAAACUGCUGAGCACACUUCUCCCGCUUGUGAGUCCCCGAGUGUGUUCCAGCUCAGGAGGAGUCUAUGCAAGUGAUGCAGAGGCAUUUUCAGGUCCGUCCAACCUCCAGUUCGCAGGCCAGACCUCUGACACUCUCAGGUUUCGUUGGAGUCCCGCUGGUGGCCCUGUGAGUGGCUACGUGGUCCAGUACACACCGCUCUCUGGCCUGGGACAGCCGAUCACAGCAGAAUUGCGUCAGGAGACCGUCACUGCUAGUCAGAGGACCUUCACAGCACGAGAUCUGAGGUCAGGGACAGACUACCUGGUGACUAUCAUUGCUCAGUACCCCAACAGUGUGGGAGAGUCCAUCUCUGCAAAGCAACGAACCCGAUCCUUGCCAGGCGUGUCCAGUCUCCGCCUCGUCCAGGCAGGCUUCUUCUCUCUGUCUGUGGCCUGGGACCAGCCCUCUUCACCUGUCCAGGGCUACAGACUCACCUAUGGACCACGAGGUCAGCCGGCCGCUCAGCUGUUGCAGCAGUCUUUGUCUGCCGACUCCACAUCCGUCACCUUGGAGGCGCUUCAGCCUGACACCGAGUACGUCAUCAGCCUCUACCCCCUGUUCCCCCGAAACUCUGCCUCCCCCUCCGUCCUCACUGCCCGCACACUGCGCCUUGAGGCAGUGCAGCAGUUGUCAGUGGAGACGGAGUCAGAGGGCAGUGUUCGCUUGCGGUGGAGGGGCGUCAGCGGCGCCCGGGCCUACCGCCUGGUCUGGGGACCGUUUACAGGCCGAAAUGUUGACACUCUGGAGGUUGCUGGUGACAGUGACUCUCACACGUUGUCCAACCUGCAGCCCGACACCGAGUACAUUGUCACCGUCAUCCCUCUAUAUGAGGGCAACACUGAGGGCCCUGUAGCAACAGCCAGGUUCAAGAUAGAGCGUCAGGAGCAGCAGGUCCUCAGGGCAGCCACAACCGGCCCGUCCACUAUCCGCCUAACCUGGAACCUCAUUCAGUCCUCUAGAGGGUACCGCCUGGAGUGGAGGCAAGGGGAAGGAGGUCCUGUGAAGAGCCAGUCCUUCCCGAGAGAAACCACCAGCUACGAGCUAGCCGGCCUUCAGCCGAACACAGAAUACAUCAUCAAGCUGUACACCCUGUAUGAAGGUCGCGAGGAGGCCACGCCCGUCUCCACCACAUCCAUAGAGAAGCAGCCCGUGGGGAGGGUGUCCAACCUGCGAGUGGUGGAGUCUCUGGGCAGCACUGCCAGGCUUGGCUGGACGGGAGUGGCCGGCGCCACACAGUACCGCAUCCUCAUCUUUAACACUGAGGCGGGAACAGAGGAAAGCCGUAGUAUCCCUGGCAACCAGACAACCCUGGACCUCCGAGACCUGAUAGUUGGAGUGUCCUAUGGUGUCAAAGUGACAGCGCUGGUGGGAGAAAAUGCUGGAGACCCAGUUACUGUCUACAUCAAACCAGAGCAAGGUCCUGGCAGAGUGACUAACCUCAGAGUGACAAAUGUAAACACUCGGAGAAUUCGAAUUGCCUGGACAGGUGUUGCUGGGGCAACGGGGUACAGGGUUACUUGGAGGCAAGGCAACAGUGCUGAGCAGUCCCGUCUUCUGGCGUCAGAGGCCUCGACCUUCACCAUAGAGGGCCUGCAGCCAGAUGAGGCACUUGUCAUUGGUGUUGCAGCUAUGGUCGAUCAGCGCACUGGGGAGGUGGUCACAGUCUCCUCUAAGACUAAUCCCCAUGCAGUGUCAGUAUCUGGCCUUCGCAUCGUUGAUGUCACAUCUCAGAGGAUACACAUUACAUGGUCAUCUGUCUCCAGAGCGACUGGAUAUAGGAUCGUUUGGCGCCGUGAUGAUGAUGGAGUGGAAGCUUCCCGAAGUGUUGCUGCCAACGUUACUUCCUUCAUCAUCGACGGACUGCAGGCAGAUUCUAGCUACAGGGUGUUAGUGUCCUCACUGAUUGGCUCUCGAGAGGGAAGUCCUGCCACUUUGAGUGUCAAAACAGAGUCAGAUCAUUCUGUGGUUGGGACAGUGACCUCAUUGCAAGUUCAGGAGUCCCGUGGAGAGGUUGUCAGAGUGACCUGGAUUGGUGUGCAGGGAGCAACGGCCUAUCGUGUGUCUUGGAGGAGAACGGAUGGUGGCGAUGAGAGGAGUCAGAUGGUGGGAGGAGAUGUGACAGCGGUGGACUUGGACCGGUUGGACCCCGGAGCUCAGUAUGAAGUGCAGGUCAAGGCUUUAGUUCAGGACAGAGAGGGAUCCCCCGUAUCUGUCAGAAUCACCACCCCUGCAGUCUACCCCCCAACUCCCUCACUGCCUACCACGAGUUUGCGGGUGGUACGAGUUAACGAGAAUUCUGCGCUGCUGGAUUGGUUACCGCUGUCUGGUGCCACAGGAUACAUCCUACGCUGGAGAAGGGAGGGAGAUGCGGGGCGAGGCCAGUCCAUCACACUCCCUGCUUCAUCCAGCUCCUACCAGAUGACUGGACUGCGUCUGGGACAUCGCUAUCGCUUUACCCUGCAGCCCACCUUCAGCACCGGGCUGGGAACAGAGGCCGCUGUGGACGAACGCACUGUGUGCACAGAUGGGCGUCUGGAUGUGGUGUUCCUGGUUCCUGCUUCUCAGGAUCGGGCGAGCCUGGCAGAACCUCUGAUCAAACUCCUGACCAGCGCAACCGGCUCGCUCACCAGGAUCGGCCCUCGUGACUCACAGGUGGGAGUGGUAGUGUAUAGCUACCGACCCAAAGUCUGGUUCCAGCUUAAUCGCCACGGCAGCGCUGACACGUUGCUGCAAGAGAUCCUGUCCACACCUUUUGAUGACACCCCAGGGAAUAACAUAGGCCAGGCCUUGACAUUUACCAGACAGUACCUCCUGACCCCCUCAGCCGGACGGAGGCCCAGAGUCCCUGGUGUUGUUGUCCUCAUCGCUGACAAAAAAUCCUCUGACAACAUCACAGUCCCUGCAAACAUGACCAAAGCUUCAGGUGUGACAGUGUUAGCGGUGGGCAUUGGCCAGGCAGACACAGAGGAGCUGCGCCGGGCCGUGACGGAUGGCAGCACCCAGAAUCUCCUGUAUAUCCAAGACGGGGCACAGUUGGGCAGACUGCAUGCUGACCUGGCAGACUUACUCUGUGGCAUUGCCAGGAUACCAGAGGUAGGACCGAGGCCAGAUCAGUGCACCAUACAGUGCCCCCGGGGUGAGAAAGGAGAACGUGGAGAGCCGGGUGAGAGAGGCAGAGACGGUGCUGAUGGACGCAAAGGAGAGCCUGGUCGUGAUGGCUUGCCUGGUAGGGAUGGCCCUAGAGGCCCAGAGGGACGUCCAGGGGCGCCGGGCCGAACUGAGGGCCCCUUGACAGGGGUCAGAGGAGAGAAAGGUGACAGGGGUUUCCCUGGUAUUGAUGGCAGCCCAGGGUUACCAGGACGACCAGGUUCCCCUGGAGCUGCUGGGGUGCCGGGCUCGCAGGGCCUACCUGGUAUCAGAGGAGACCCGGGUGAAUCAGGUGUGACAGGUGCACCCGGGCAAAAGGGUGACAAAGGUGAAAGGGGAGAGCCAGGUACAUCUAUAUCAGGAGGAGGUCUUCCUGGGAGGAAAGGAGAGCCAGGGAUCCCUGGAAUACCGGGUACUCCAGGUCGGCCAGGCAGUGAUGGGGCCAAAGGCUCCUCUGGAGCACCGGGGACGCCGGGCCAGGACGGUCGCCCAGGGAUACCUGGAACACCUGGCCUCUAUGUCAAGGGAGAAAAGGGCAGCCCAGGAGAGAGGGGACCUCCAGGAGUCGGCAGCGGGGUGGCCGUGAAGGGUGACAAGGGUUCCCCAGGUACUCCAGGAACUCCAGGGGCUCUGGGUCCCAAAGGGCUCACAGGAGCACAGGGUGCCAAAGGAGACAAAGGCGAGAGAGGUGAAGCGUCACCUGGAGCUCCUGGCAGGCCAGGAGAGCCUGGGGACAGGGGUCCACGUGGGCCUCCAGGGGAAAUUGGCAGCAAGGGUGACCGCGGACAGCCGGGCGAGCCUGGAUCACAGGGAGACAGGGGGGACAGAGGACCAGCUGGUGAAACUGGAGAGAGAGGGGACCCAGGGAAGCCAGGCCUCCCAGGAGCAUCAGGGUUGAGGGGUUUACCAGGGCCCAGCGGACCACCAGGAGAAAAGGGAAACGAGGGUACCCGAGGAGAGCCUGGUAGAAGUGUUCCAGGUCUGCCAGGGAAGAAGGGGGAACAAGGAGAGCGAGGCCCGCCGGGCCCUGAGGGACCGAGGGGAGAAAAGGGAGAGCCAGCACAGAGAGGAGAAAAAGGGUCACCAGGUGCAGGAGCCCCGGGCCAGCCUGGACCCAAAGGAGAGCAAGGGGAUCGAGGAAUUGCUGGCGUCAGUGGAAGGCCCGGUGCCAAGGGGGACACUGGUGAACCAGGAGAGAGGGGGGAGAACGGGCGGCCAGGACUCCCAGGAAAGAACGGACUUCCUGCUAAACAGGGGGAGAAAGGAGACAAGGGUGAUGAAGGAACUCCCGGGGAGUCGGGUCUACCAGGGAAGACGGGAGAAAGAGGCUUGAGGGGCCUGGCGGGUCAGCCAGGCCGACCAGGGGAGAAAGGAGAUAUGGGAGACCCAGGAGAACAUGGACGAAAUGGCAGCCCUGGACCUGCCGGACCAAAAGGAGACAGAGGAGAGCAGGGAGCUCAAGGUCCACCAGGGCCACCGGGGCAGUUUUCUGAUGCCCAGCCCCAGCUAAAAGGAGACAGAGGGGAGAAGGGUGACGCUGGUGACCCAGGAGAGCAUGGCAGCAAGGGUCAGAAGGGAGAGGCCGGGUCUCCUGGACCCUCAGGAUUACGGGGUGCUGAGGGACAACGGGGACCUCCAGGGGCAAGAGGUGACACAGGAGAAAGAGGAGCCCCAGGAGAGAAGGGAGAAAGGGGAGCAUCUGGGUUAGAUGGACGCGCUGGCCUAGAUGGAAAACCGGGUGCACCAGGACCAGUGGGGCAGAGGGGAGACCCAGGAAAACAGGGAGAUCCAGGGAGAGAUGGUUUACCAGGACUAAGAGGAGAACAGGGGCCCCCAGGCCCUGUCGGGCCCCCGGGCACUUCAGGCAUACCUGGAAAAGCAGGAGAAGAUGGCAAACCUGGGCCUCCUGGCAAAAUGGGUGAGGAUGGUGUGCCAGGUGAAGAUGGGAGAAAGGGUGAUAAAGGAGAACCUGGGGCAUCUGGAAGAGACGGUCGUGACGGGCUGAAGGGAGACCGCGGCCUGGCCGGGCCUGCGGGGCCAGUUGGCCCUUCUGGGCCCCCGGGAGUACCUGGUCCUCCUGGACAGGUUGUGUACGUCAAGGGAGUUCAGGCUGCACCAAUCCCUGGCCCACAAGGGCCUCCAGGAACCCCGGGUGUGCCUGGGAUCCCUGGAGCCAUUGGAGCCAGAGGGGAGAGAGGCCCGCCUGGCCUUAAAGGUGAAACAGGGGACCCAGGGGAGGACGGGGCGCCUGGCAAACCUGGAGCACCAGUGGAUUUGCAGAAGUCUCUGGCCAGUUUCGGGAUUCAGGUGUCUGAUCUGAAGACUAUCGUGGAUAAGAAAUAUGCAGCAACAUCUCCGAAGAUAGAGGCAGGUCAGAAAGGAGAAAAAGGUGAAGCUGGACAGAGAGGACCAGCCGGGGCAGAUGGUACUCGUGGGUUUCCAGGUGAGAGGGGUGCAAAGGGAGAAUCAGGGGACCGGGGACCUAUAGGCCCAGCUGGGCCUCCAGGACGGGCCAUUGGAGAGCGAGGACCACAGGGACCCCCAGGGCAGUCUGGAGAGCCAGGCAAGCCUGGAAUACCUGGUGUUCCUGGGAGAGCUGGGGAAUUAGGGGAGGCUGGAAGACCAGGAGAUAAGGGAGAGAGAGGAGAGAAGGGGGACAAAGGAGCCACUGGUGGAAUAGGGCUGACAGGACCGGCUGGUCCUCCAGGACAAAAGGGAGCAUCUGCUGAGUCAGUGCUGACUGGCGCUCCUGGGGCCAGAGGUCUUCCAGGAGUUUCUGGGCAGAAAGGAGAGCCUGGUGCACCAGGACCACAGGGAGCCAAGGGAGACCGAGGUGUUGUGGGACUUCGUGGAGACAAAGGAGAUAAGGGAGAGGUGGGAGAAAAAGGACGCGAUGGCUUGCAGGGAGCAGCAGGAGAACCAGGUAAACCUGGUCAGGAUGGAAAACCGGGCAUGCCUGGGUUCCCUGGAGUUAUAGGCAGACCGGGAAACCCAGGGGAGCCUGGAGUGAGAGGGCCAACUGGCCCCAUUGGCGUCAAUGGGCCUCCGGGUCCACCAGGUGUGAAAGGUAAUCAAGGACAACCAGGAGUUGGUGUCCAGGGUCCUCCUGGUGCCCAAGGGAGCACGGGACUGCCAGGACCACCAGGUCCCCCUGGAGCUACUGGUCCACAAGGCCCACCGGGACGGUCAGGGCCAGCGGGUGAAGCGGGUAAACCUGGGGUCCCUGGAAUAGAUGGGGUGUCUGGUAAAGAUGGAACACCUGGAUUACCAGGAAAACAGGGCAUUAUUGGACCUCCAGGCCUGGCCGGCUUAAAGGGGGAACAAGGAGACUCUGGUCCUCCAGGGAAGGCUGUGGCUGGACCUCCUGGACCAAAAGGAGAGAAGGGUCUUCCUGGUCCGACACUGCCGGGCGUGACAGGAGAGAGAGGUCUGCCUGGUGUAAAGGGUGACAGGGGAGAGAAAGGUGUUGUUGGCACCAAAGGAGAAAGAGGUAUUCCUGGUGAAGCUGGGGAGCCUGGAGAAGAUGGGGCACAGGGACCACCGGGACCCAAAGGAGAUAAGGGAGAAAGGGGCAUAGGACUGGCUGGUCCUCGUGGUCAAAUUGGGCCUCAGGGCUUAAAGGGCGAUCCUGGACUUCCUGGUCCGGCUGGUCCCCCGGGGCCCCAGGGUGCAGCAGGCACUCCUGGGCUGGCUGGCCUGAGAGGAGAGAAUGGACAACUAGGACCUCCUGGACCACUGGGAGAGAGGGGUCUCCAAGGUUUUCCAGGCCGAGUGGGCAACCCUGGAGCUCCUGGUCCACCUGGACCUCCUGGACAAGCAGGCUCCCCUGGUAUUGAUGGGACCAAAGGGGAUAAGGGUGAGGUUGGAGUUGGAGUCACAGGACCCAGAGGAGAGAGAGGAGACCCCGGGCCCAGAGGCGAGGAAGGUCGUGCCGGUGCGGAUGGGGAACGAGGACCAACAGGCCCUCCAGGUAGCCGUGGGGAUCGGGGAGAGAAGGGAGAAUUGGGGCUGCAAGGUGACAAAGGAGAAAAGGGUGACACGCUGCUGGUGGGAGGACCUCCUGGAGAAAAGGGCAACAAAGGAGAAACUGGGGACAGAGGACCCAAAGGUGUGCAGGGAGAGAAGGGGACGAAGGGCCAGGAGGGUCCUCCAGGCGAGCAGGGCUUGAGGGGAGAGCCUGGAGAGAGGGGAUCCACUGGGUUCCAGGGACCUCGAGGCCCCGGUGGACAGAAGGGAGAGGCAGGACAACCUGGAGUACCUGGCGAAUCAGGUUUCCCAGGAAAGGACGGUCUGCCAGGACUAAGGGGGGAGAAGGGAGAGAUUGGUGUUAUAGGAAUGCGAGGAACCAAGGGUGACCGAGGACCCAAGGGAGCUUGUGGAGCAGAUGGAAGCAAAGGAGAAAAGGGAGAUUCUGGGGUCCAUGGGCGGUCAGGACUACCAGGAAGAAAAGGAGAGCAGGGAGAUCUUGGGCCCCCGGGGGCCCCUGGGAUCCCAGGAAAGGAAGGACUGGUUGGCCCAAAGGGUGACCGUGGGUUUGAUGGGGUUGCAGGACCCAAAGGAGCUCAGGGAGAGAAGGGAGAACGGGGUCCUCCUGGUAUACCUGGCCCUCCUGGCCCCAGAGGAGCAGAUGGGGCCCCUGGCCUGACUGGCUCUCAGGGACCAGCUGGUGCUAAAGGCCCUGAGGGGCUCCAGGGACAGAAGGGCGAGAGGGGGCCGAUCGGUCCAGGCCUGGUGGGCCCCCGUGGCAUCCCUGGAAUACCAGGAGAGCGGGGAGAACAGGGAGAAAUGGGCCCAGAUGGAGCUAAGGGAGACAGGGGAGAGCCAGGCAUGACGGAGGAUGAGAUCAGAGAAUAUGUUCGCUCCGAGAUGAGUCAGCACUGUGCGUGUGGAGGUUUAGCCCCAGACAUUCGGCCCCGGCCCUCGGUCAGGGCACGGCUUGCACCAGAGAUCCCACUGGUCGUGAAGGGUGAGGAGGGCCGUGAGCUGCGUGUGGUGAUGAACACCCAUGACCCAGACUAUGAGCACAUCUACUCCAUCGAGGCCUAUGACGAUCCAAUGGAGAAGCUAGUCCACUACACUGCUGCUGCUAGCCAGAAAGAUGGUGAGGCUGUCAAAGGUGAACCUCAGAAAACAGGCAAAGUUGAACCAAAGAAUUCAGCCAGAGUUGUACCAGUGAAAGCGGCCAAAGUUGAUGCUCAGAAUGCAACAAAAGUUGAUGGUCAAAAAGCAGUCAAAGUUAAGCUUGUGAGAAAAGUCCUGCCCAAGCCCAUAUCAAAGCCCAUUUCAGUCAGGCCCAAGAGGGAAGUCAAAGGGGAAGCUCCAGCAGACCCAUGCCUGCUGCCUAUGGAGGAGGGGAACUGUGGACGGUACACGCUGCGCUGGUACUUCAACACCCAUGUUCACGCCUGCCGGCCCUUCAUCUACAGUGGCUGUGAGGGCAACGACAACCGCUUCCUUCAUCUGGAGGAGUGUGAGGAGCUCUGCCUAGGGGAAACCAAAGGUACUGAACCCUUGAAGACAGGACGAUGAUUAAUACCAAACCGUGGCCUUUUUUUCUUCAGCCACAAGAAUGUUGUAUAAAUGUUGGCAAGCUUUUGAAACUAGCGUUUUCAUAGAUCAUUAUUUUGUCUAAAUGCAAACAGUCAAGAGUUGCUUUGUUAAUUUAUUGUUUCAUUUAAACCCAACCAAACUUUGCCCAGGUUGAAAGGGGAUACCAGAGUGCACCCUUGCUUUAGGCCUCUCUCAACCAUUUAAAGUCUUUCCAAAAAAGGUGCUCAUUGAAUUCAAGGGUAAAAGAAUACUUGAUCACCAAGGCGUUUUUGUGCCUUAGGCGUUUUUAACCUUAACACAAAAGAAGUGCCUUGGCUUCCUUUUUUUUUUUUUCAAACUUCACCCAAGUUGUGCUCAUCAGACUGUACAACAGUAUUUUAACCCUGUUGUCCCUUUUUCCAUCAUAAAUUGCACGAGUCGUGAGACUUAUGUCCACAUAUGUACAGAACUGUUUUACUGUUAUACAACUUGGUAACUCUGAGGGGUUGCACAAAUACAGUUGUUGUUAUUAUUAAUAAUAUUAUAGAUAUAGUUUUUUAUAUAUAUUUUUAUUACAUAUGAAGAGUCAAGCACAAUAUACUGUCAAUGUAUUGUACAUAGGUUUUUUAUUAUUUGGGGAAAGUUCUUGUGUUUUUAAUUGUAUCACUGCAUGUUUACCUGCCAGAGAGAUGGUGCUAUUUUAAAAGGUAUUAUUAUACCGUUUACUGAAG